GGACUUUAAUAAGACUGGACUUUAAUAAGACUGGACUUUAAUAAGACUGGACUUUAUCACAUAAAGUGGAAGGCUUCCUCUGGGCUCUGUUGCAGGGAUACUGUGGGGUCCCUGUGGGGUUUCUGCCUUUAGUCCACUGUUUCUUCUUGCUCUGUUGUGAGUUCCUCAAAAGGUUCCUGAGGUCGAAAAGGGGCGUUACCGUGGUGGAAAGUAACUAAGUAACUAAGUUACAUUUACUCAAGACCGGCUCUACCAAUGACAUCUCUGAUUUGCACUUUACAAGACCAUCGAGAUGAUGUCAACUGUUGUGCCUUCUCCGGCAAACUGUUUGCCACGUGCUCUGGGGACAAAACCCUCAGGAUAUACAACAGCCAGGACUUCUCAGAGCUGCCCUUCUCCCCGCUGUCCGGACACGGGUAUGUCGUCCACUGCUGUUGCUUCAGCAGCUGCGGACAGUUCUUGGCCUCGUGUUCGACUGAUGCAACCACAAUGGUUUGGUCCACCGUCACGGGUGAGAUCGAGGCCGUCCUGGAGCAUCCUGGUCGUAGUCCAGUGAGGAUCUGUGCGCUCUCACCUGACUCUGCCCACCUGGUUUCGGGUGCGUCUGAUGGCAGUUUGGCUCUGUGGGAUUUCCCCUCCAAACAGCUGCGCAGGACCGGAGCGGUGAAUGACACGACCAUGAUCGCCUGCUCCUUCAGCCCCUGCAGUCAGGUGUUCAUGACCGGCUCCACCUACGGAGACCUGCGUCUGUGGGACCUGGACAUGAACCAGCUCCACGCGGAGAAAAACGCCCACGACCUGGGGGUCACCUGCUGCACCUUCGCUCCCAGCAUCCACAGUGGUGGUCAAGUCGUGCAGUUUCGUCUGGCGUCCUGUGGGCAAGACAGUCUCCUGAAGAUCUGGGCCAUUAACAAGUUCAUCUCUGGAGGCUAUAAGAUGCAGCUCCUGCACACGUUAACUGGCCAGUCGGCCCCGGUCCUCUCCUGUGCUUACUCCUCAGAUGGGCAGCUGCUUGUGUCUGGGUCUGUGGACAAAACUGUCACAGUCUAUGAUGCUAAUAAUGCAGUUUUACUUUACACACUGAACCAGCACGAGAGAUACGUUACAGCAUGUUGCUUCUCUCCAACUUCACCACUUAUCGCUACAGGAUCUAUGGACAAGACUGUAAACAUCUGGAGGCUGGAAGACGGGUGCAGUGACCGUGGCGGGAAGUCAAUGCCUGUCACGUAUUCCUGUCUGUGUGUUCUAGAAGGGUCUGAUCUGACAUCAAGUGAAGAGAGAACCUCAGCGGGCCGAUCCAAGCUGCUGGUCAGCGAUUGGUCGGAGGGGGACGUGUCUGCGUGGCUGGUGGAGGAAGGCCUCGAGGGAUUGGUGGACAAAUUCAGGGCCAACAACAUAGACGGGACAGAGCUGCUCAGUCUCACCAAGGAAACGCUGGCGUCAGAGUUGCACAUAGAGUCUGUAGGCCUGCGCAGUAAACUCCUGAGGAAGGUGGAGGAGCUGAAGAGUGAUUCAGUGUGUUCAGGCAUUCCUGAUGAGUUCUUGUGUCCAAUCACCAGAGAGCUGAUGAGGGAACCAGUCAUUGCUGCCGAUGGAUACUCAUAUGAGAGAGAGGCCAUCGAUAGCUGGAUCAACAGUAAGAACCGCUCCAGCCCCAUGACCAACCUCCCCUUACUGACGACUCUGCUAACCCCUAAUCACACCCUGAAGAUGGCUAUUGGCCGCUGGAAGACCAACCACUAGAAUCUGAAAGACCUCUGACCCACAAUGCCCCAAAUAUUUCUCUUACGUAGACAGAAACCACAUCAUUUCAGGUAUGGUUGCAAAUAAUUUGGUUCCAAAUGAGGAGCUUCUUUGUUUGCAUUCAUUUGUAAAGGUGUUAUUUUUAACCACUGGGGAGCAGAAUUGUAACAACAGGUCUAAAUGUAGUUCCAGUUUAUUAAGUUUUAAUGGCCAUCACAUUUCAUUAAGUAGAUACAACGCAGUAUGAGCAUCCCAGGGGAGAGCUCCCCUUGGCCACAUGAAGAAUGCAACUUUAAAGCAGCUAUAGUCAAAAUGAUUAUAAUAAGAAAGCUUUACAGCGAGUUUUCAGUUGUGUUAAUAAGCAAGUUUAUAUUAACUUUAAAAAGGGAUGAUGUGUCAUUUAGCCCCAAGUGGCCCAAACAUCAGCUGUUGGGGGAAGUGGUUUGUCUUGGCUGAUAAUGGACAGUUCUCUGGUUUGUUAAGCAGAAUAAAAAAUAAAAAAACAUGAGUUCUGUAUAGAAACUACAUCACAAUAAAAAAAAGUCAACAAAAUAUAAACAACACUGUAGGCUCCUGAUUUUUAAAAAUAAUAAAUACAAAUAAAGUGUACAUGACUUACAUUUUGAUUAGCCUUACCUUUAACAGGCAAAUUAGUUUAUCUUAAAAUGAGAUGUAUUUAUAAAUAUAUAAGUAUCAAUAAAGAUUCUUAUAAACAAAGCUAAACGUAAAGAUUUAAAAUGAAAAAAAACAUUGAUUGGGACGCCUUAGGUGUUCUUUGAGUGAAUAAGCAGAAAACAAAGACUUGUGAGUGUCUGAAAGCUACAUAGAUCUUCAUACUGAGGUGUUGAUUUGCAGUUGGAUCAGGAAUACCAAUUAAAAAUGUGUAAUGUUGGUUACCUUACUUAAAACCCUAUUUGCACUUACUGCAGAUAAGCAUGACAUGUAUGUGCUCCCUAGAUUGUCAUUGCUGGACCUUGCAUGUUACAAACCCUGUGGGAACGGUGCUUGGCCAAAGUAGUUUAGCGUUUACCUCCUGUGUGCAAGCUAACAUUCAGCAUUUAAUGAAAUCAAUGACAUUAAUGAUGAUUAAUGAUAUUUCCACAAUACUGAGAAUUUGCAAUGUCCACAUUUUUAUACAAGCAGUUUAUUUUGAUGGCGUGAUUAAUUGUUUAUAAAGUUAGGUUGUACUAUAAACCUUUUAUCCAUCCAUACACACUCUGAGGCUUUGGCAACAGUUUAUGGAUCAUACUGUGAAAGAAGUAGAUGUAGAAAUGUAGUCCUCCAUUGAUAUUUUAUUAUCCCACAAUAAUAAUGUGGUAACAUUUUGUAAUCCAUAGAUGACUCUGAAAAGGGUAUAUGACAACUAUGGACAUACAGCGGUGUACAAAGUCCCUAAAGAUUUUCUAUCCUCAACUGUUGCUCGUGUAAAUGCUCUCUCUCUCUCUCUUUUUCUGUAUCCAAAUAAACCAAUAAACACUUCAUAUGAAUCUGC